CAAACAUUUUUUAAAUUAUUGAAAUUUUCAGUUUCACAGUUUGUUAACUAUAAUAUCAAUUUUUAGUACUGCUAAAUUUGGUGAAACCUGUCAUGAGUUUUGUGAGCUCUGAGAUUUCAGGGCAAUGCAAUUCUAUGGUUAUGUUUGAGACAGACGCUCACUGUGCUGCCCCAUUUGGACCCAAACUCAGGGUCAUCUUGUUUCAGCCUCCUAAAUGUUCAGGUUAUAGGUCUCUGUCUCCAUACCUGGCUCAUUCCAAUUCGGGGCCAAUAACAAACCUUACUCAUUUAGUUGAAGCCAUUUGUUUGUUGUCAAGGUUUCAUGGUGGAUAUUUUGAAUUUUAGAUUAUAGUUCUCUCUCACGCCACAGCAAUACGGAUUUUUUUAAAAGGGUCAACACCAUUGCAUGGCUCAUUUUCAUCAAUUAUGAAAAUAAUUCAGGAGUCUCUUAAUAGUAUUUAAAAAUUAAUCUUCUCAAUAAAUUAAUGAUCCUAGUUUUACAUGAAAAUGUCUUGCAAUUAACAUUUUUGUCACAAAAAUUUCUAUGGAUUUCAUGUAAUAUAAUUAAAAAUUUUAUUGUAAGAUGCAUAUAAAGUUAUACAUUGUUUAAUGUAUUUAUGAAAAAAUAUUUUGAAUAGAUGAAAAUUGAAUACUCUGUCUAUAAUUUUCCACAUGGGGGUUGGAGGAUAUGUUGUCUGUACUGCCCAUAACUUCUAGUGCUAUGUUGUAAGCCACAUUUUUAUCAGGAUAAAUCCAUUACCUGACCUGAACUUUAACCUUUGAUGCCAAGUGAAAUACUGUCAAGUGGAUGGUAAAGAGUGUUCCUCAAACCUAUUUCUACACAAGGAUAACUAGCAAUACAUUGAUUGUACAUAGAAGUUUGAACCAGAUAUUUUCUUUUUGGGCCAUCAACCAGCUCCCAAAUCAUGACACGGAGACUUACUAUUAGUUUUGGAUGCUUGGUCUUAUCUUAGCUCUCAUUUCCUGCUAGCUUAUCUUAGCUCUCAUUUCCUGCUAGCUUUUAUAACUUAACCUGUUUCUUUUCAUCCACAUUUUGCCUUGGGGAUUUUUACCUUUCUGUCUUUAUAGCUUACUUUCCUGCUGCGUCCAUGUCUGUCUGUCUGGCGGCUGCCUGGCUGGCCCCUGGCGUCCCCCCCCCCCCCCUUCUCCCUUGUUUUCUCCUCUCUUCUUCGUCUUGUCCUCUUGGGCCAAGAUUUGUCCUCCGAUUUAUUCUCUCGGCCCGCCAGCUCCACCUGUCCUUUCUCUGCAAUUCAGCUCUUUAUUAGACCAAUCAGGUGCCUUAGGCAGACAAAGUGAAACAGCAACACAUCUUUUCAUAACUAAACAAAUGCAGUAUAAACAAAUGUAACACACUUUUACACAGUUAAAGUAAUAUUUCACAGCAUAAGCGAAAGUAACACAUCUCUAGUUAAUUCUACAACAGAAGUUUUAGAAUUUCAUAUCUUUUAAAAUGGUAAACCAUAUAUCACAUUCCAGAUCAAGAUCUUUGUUUCUGAGAGCUUUAAAAUAAAAUUCAAUUCCCUUAAAACUGUGCACAAAAUACUGAUUUUUGGCUUUUCCCAUUCUUUAAACUUGUCAACAUUAUCAUUUUGUUUUCUAUAGUCCAAUUAUACUAGCCUUACCUCAGUUUCUAGAAUACGGCAAACAACAAUUUUCUGCCCAGGCUGUUCUAAAAACCCCUUGCUUGUUCUCUACCGACACUCAAGCCUAGGUGACCAUCCUCCUUCAGUACCCCACUCCAGUCAAACUUUGACUUGCCCCCCAAGUCUCAUUUCCUUUGGAGGUUAUUUUACCUUUUGAGGAUUUUUUUUCCUCCUAAAUGCUUCCUUCUGAAAUGUGCAAGUUUUUCUUAAACAUAUUUCCCUAAUUCUCCAAUUUAUAAUGCCCAUGAAAUGUGUGUGUAUGCAUACAGUACAUGUACCAGUGUACAUUUUCUGCAGUUUUUGAUAUUACAAACUAAACAUCGUAUUAUAAUCUCAUAUGUAAGUCUCAAACUCUUCCUUUCCCAGGCCUACUUCUUGUAUCCAUUACAUACAUACAUACAUAUUCCACCACCACUGACUCAGUUUACCCUCUAUCAGAUAUCCAAGACACCCUAGUGUCUCAUUCCCCUGUCCUACCAAACUGGCAAUAACUUUACUGCUAUCUCUUCCUUAAGAUCUCCCUUCUUCCAUACUUAAUGCAGACGACUCAUUUCUUUUUUCUUGCAGUGUUGGUAAAUUUCUCCACAACUUGUGUUGCUGUGUCUGCCUCUUCCCAGAACAUCUACCCCCCACAGCACUGUUAGAAUGGUCUUUAAAUAAUCAAUUUUGAUCAUGUCAUUUUUCUGUCACUUAAAGAUAGACCAUUAAAUAAAGCCUCAAAGUCUGGUUUAAUGUUUCAUUUUCCUCUUCAUCCACCUCUGCUUACUCUGCGCUGAAAACAUUUUCCUCUCUCUUUGUACUUCCUCUCACGUUUCUUCCAGGUAACUGUAAACACGGAAGCAUUGCCUUCUCAGAAAACUUUGACCUGGGCCUAAGCGUCAGCUUUGGCAUGUUUCUACUGUACUCCUAACCUAAGUGUUCUGUUCCAGUUCUUACCCAGACCCACAGAACGGGCUACUCUGUGUCGCUUUGUGUAAAGCCCUGUGAGGGCUGUCCUUCACACACACACACACACACACACACACACACGUCCUUCAGCACAGGCUUAUGGACAUCCUGAGAUGGCAGUGAAAAAAGUUGACGAGAACGGAAAGGAAGGUGGAAAGCAAUGGAUUUGGACUGAGUUUUGUUAACUAAUUUUGAUCUUUUCAGGACUGUAAUCUGCUGAGUGGGAUGUGGUCAACUCUUGGAUCUGGAGUCAUCCAGGCAACAAACCUCCCGAUAGGUCUGUGAGGGAGUUUCCAGACUGGGUGGGGGUGAGAAAAGGAGUAUUAUAAAUGGGUGAGGCUUGGGGGACUGAGUGAAUGGGGCGAGGUGAGCUGGGCACCAGCGUUCACCUCUGCUUUUGACUCCGGAUUGGCUAUGACCAGCUUGCUCCUGCCGCACCUUCUUCACCAGGAUGGUCUGUAGCCUCACACUGUGAGCCCACACAGAACCUCUUCUUCAGUUUGUGCCAGUGCUCUUUGGGUCACAAGAAACAGAAAACACGGUGAAAAUGUGUAUUCCUGCUGGAUGGGCGCCACUUCUCCACCACCAUCCUUGUCGACAGCUGGAAUCCAGAAGACAUACCAGUAUGGAACCUCAAGGUCUUUAUGACAAUGGAAACCAAAAAAUUGAUUGGCAAACCGCUUCAACCAGCAAGACCUGUUCGUCAUCUCUCUUCUUCUCCAGGACCAGUAUUCCCUUUUAACUUUCAGAAUGAAUAUCCAUGUAACACUCAGUGCUUACAAAGUGGAGUUGGCCGAUGUAAGACGAAUGGAAUGCAAGCCUUUUCUCAAGGUCUUAAUGAGCAACAGCAACACCAGUCUCCAGUUAAAAAAGAGAGAAUUAAAUACAGCAGAGAUUUCUUGUUGAAGCUUUCAAGUGUUUCCAUCUGCAGAAAAAAACCAGACUUUCUGCCUGAUCAUCCCAUUGUACUUCAAAAACCAGCUUCUAUUCUGUUCACUUAG